UAUAUUAUUAAAAAAAACAGUAGGGUGCUGGGUAAGAUACAAGCCUUUUGUCAUCCGUUGAGGUCUGGUAGGCCAGCACUGUAAGCCCACUUGUGGGUAUCAGCUGGUAUCCAAAUGGUCCUCGAUUCCCUUUGCUUCAGAUCAGCUUGCCUCACUCUGACACUAGAGAGCAAGGGCCAAGCCAGGGAAAGACCACUAUUUUUACACUAAUCUGUCACCCUAAUCGUGUCUAAAUGGUUUAGGCAAGGCAGGAAGGAAGGCAAGGGUUUUUUUUUUCUGCAACUUUAAUCUCUCUUCAUGUCAAACUGCUUCAAUAAAACCAAACAGAGUAAGUUGUCUCUCCUUGGUUGCUUCGUACACCUUUUUAUCCCUUCGUCACCCUCAAUCCCACGGUACAGAUGCCAGUUCUGCCCUAGCCAUGGCAGUCUGAGACCCCACACAUUUUUCAUGCAAGUCAAGCCUGCGUCAGACUCAGAAGGGGCAGACAGUGGAAGGCUAUACUAGUAGAGAAACAGUUGAAGAAUAGCAGUGCUCUGUUCUUCAGAGGGCCUUCGCUGACAAAACCUCCCAGCAAAAACCUGUGUGGUAUCCUUGACAUCAGUGUGAUCGUGUUGUCCCCUGUGUCUUUUAACCCAUUUACCCGGUGAGGAUGGUUUGACCAGGCUAACCGAUGGGCAGAUCUCCUAGCACCCUGACCAAGCUGAAACUGGGCAAGCUGAAGGUCGUGCGGCGGCAGUUAUUGCAGCGCUAUGAGCACCAGCCCUUCAUCUCCUGCCUGGCCGGCCUCUAUGGCUGCCAGUGGAAGAGGUACCAGAGGGCAAGAGUCCAGCCUGGAGAGUGCUGCUGCAACAAGCUGGAGUGCAGCAGUUUUGGAAUCCUGAUAGUUACGUUUUGCCUUUCUUUGGUGUUUUUAUAUUUCUGGAGUGAAGCACAGAACGACUACAAUGAUUUUGACUGGUUUAACUAUGACAAAUUGGGCUAUUGGUUCCCUUGGUCGGUGGUAUUGCUCGUUGUAGCAGCAGUGUUAUUCACUUAUGUUGCUCUGUUGCUGGUAAUAGCGGUCUUUUUACUGUCAGAAGGCCAGCGCUUGUAUUUGCAUUGGAGCCACAAGAUUGGCAUUCUGGUGACACUAGUGUUCUCCAUAGUGGCCAUUACAGUUUUAUCAGACUUGUGGAGUAAAGAAUGGACAACUCUUCUGCUUUCUUUCCAGGUGACUGCACCGUACCUACACUUGGGUGGAGUGACUGCAGUGACAGUGCUGUCCUGGCCAAUCGCCUUACACUUCUGUAGAAUGAAUAAGAAAGUCCGCCAGGUGCUGAUUAUGGGGGUGUAUCUGAUGGUCCUCUUUACCCUCUACCUGGUGCCCCUGGGCAUGUACUCCCCCUGCAUCAAAGAAAAGGGAACCCUGGGACCACCGCCAGCCCUCAUUGGGCACAGAGGAGCACCAAUGCUUGCACCAGAAAAUACGAAAAUGUCCUUUGAGAAAGCCAUUGAAUUUGGAGGAGAAGGUUUGGAGACUGACGUCACCAUCAGUUACGAUGGAGUGCCGUUCCUGAUGCACGACCAGAAUCUGAAGAGAACCACUAAUGUCCACAAGGUGUUUCCAAACAGGACGAGGGAGCUGGCCUCCAUGUUCACCUUGGGAGAACUGGAGACACUCAAUGCUGGGGAGUGGUUCAUUUCUGGCGACCCCUUUGGAACGAAAGCCUCACUCACUGUCAAGGACCGAGUGAGUGCGAAGAACCAGUCCAUUAUGAACCUGAGUGACUUCCUUAACCAGGCUGCCACCCACCGCAAGCUGGUGAUGUUCAAUCUGUGCCGGCCUCCCCAACACCAUCCCUACAGAGACUCCUGGAUCAACAGGACCCUGGAGGUCAUCCGCAAUGAGUCCAGCAUUGACCCCAGUCUGGUUCUGUGGCUACCCAAUGUGGAAAGGUCCCUGGUUCAGGAUCUCAUUCCUGGGAUGCAGCAGACAUCUGAAGAACAGGCCUCCAUUGAGAAACUGCAGGAGAACAAUAUAGUCAAGCUGAACCUCCACUACAGUCAAAUGUCUGCCAAACAAAUCCGUAAAUAUGCUGCUGCCAAUAUCACCACAAACCUGUAUGUGAUUAGUCAGCCCUGGCUGUAUUCUUUAGCCUGGUGUGCAGGCGCUCACUCUGUCACCACCAAUGCAGUUCAGAUCCUGAAGAACCUAAGUCGACCAUUGUUUCUUAUGACUCCUCAUGAAUACAAACUGAUGUGGAUUCUGUCAGACGUGGUGUCUGCAGUGCUCAUUGUAGUUGUGUUUGUAUUCCAUUGGUGGAGAGAGAGGGGUCUACCUUGCUUUUCAGGCAGUAGACAAACUCAUGAAAAUGGUCCAUACAGCAAGUUCAGGACUGAGCUCAGCGAUGUGUGGUCCAUCUCCAGCGUCGAUGUCCCUGGUGAGGUCCGGAGCUUCCACACCACCCCCAACCUGUCCACCAUCUCUGAGGUCCACGAGCCCCCAGUCUGAGACCACUAGCCUGCCCAAGACCAUCGAAACAAGACCGAAGUGUCCACACAUAGAGAGGCAGGGGAACGCAACUUCAAACCCAACGGCAGGGUUUAGAUUCACCCCAAAACAACCUCAUUCCCAUGCUUCUCCACAUCACCUGCAACAUGAGGACAGCCUGGCUUUUGGGGACCUAUCAAUAGACAAUUUGUGACUUCUUUGGGCCUUGCAAAGCUGGUCAGCUGCGAUGUGGGAUGGGAGGGUCAUUUUUAUCCUCCUUCAUCCCAGUGUGCAAUUACAUGGAUGCUCGAAUUCUCAUUAUAAAUCACCUGUGGUAGGUUUUUAGGUGCAGGGACCUAGAAUCUAUUUAUAUGGAGAUGUUUUCUAGGUCACAGUACCUGAAAAACCUGUGUGUGAUUUAUUGGGAGUGAAGAGGAUACGUAUAUGUAUUCACAGCAGCUGAUAUUUAAGGCUGUAGCUACUUGCCAGUGAAUGCAGCCCUCAUAUCUAAAGAUUUGUAUGCAGGAUCUUGUUUCUAGGGAUAUCCUGCCCAAUGUAUAGGAGAAGCAGAAUUGGAAUUCUUCUUUUAAAAUAGUCCCAUUGAAUCUUUAGUGUCCACAGCGUAUACAAGACCUAAUUUAAUGUCUAAUCCAAAAGAAAGACCUUCCACAGCACAGCCCCUCCUUUUAAUACUAUGAGUUUUUUUUAACCCAGAAGCCUCCAGCACAACUAACUCCAGCUCCCAUCUGAAAUCUGACAAGUCUAGGUGGUAUGACUUAAGGCAAAAUCAUAAUGGAAACAUGGAAAGCAAGGCUAGGAAAAUAAAAUAAUACGCAGCAUACCAUUAUACAAUAUUCUAUAACAAUGUCAAAAUUACUGGGGUUCCCCAUUGAUAGAUAUGUAUGUUUUCAGGCAAAUACACUAUUAUACUGUUGUUGUUUUUUUUUCUUAAGGGACAAAUUAAGUUUGCACAAAUUAAAAAGUAUUUAAUAUGUGAGACUUUCAUAAGAUUAGUGAGACAGUUUCUGAGGUCAUGUCCCUUUCAUAAGAUUACAGGUUACAAUCAUUGACCUUUUUUGUUUGACAUGUUUUAACCUUUGUUUUACACCAAACAGCUGUCUCAUUUUUACCCUACAGUGAAUUAUAACCGCAAGUGGGUACUAUAGGAUUUUUGACAUUACUCGAAUGACUGUUUCCAGUACAUUGAGCUUGUUCAUAUCAUCUGAGCAAUUUACAUGAGGCCUUAACUUUAAAUAACUAUAGUUCCCAAUUCACAUUACCUUUCCGUUUGUUGAUUUGAAGUUUUAUGUUGCCAGGUAGAAACUUAGCAUGCCAUUUGUUUGUAGCAUUUUUCCUGAGAAGAAACAGGGUGUGGGGGGGGGGGGGGGAUGUUCAAUUCUGGGGUAUAUAGAGCUAUGCUAAGAGAACUCUGCAGCAGUGAUGGCCAUUUGAAGAGUAAGUAGUUGGGUUCCGAAAAAAAUUGCAUCACUCAUUCCCACAUGUUGCUACAACUGUUUAAAUAACGUACAUGUCAUUUUUUUCAUUAACAUCCUGACAACUUACACUUAUAACUUUAAAGUCUGUUUCAAGUCUGUUUCAAGGCUCUUUUCAAAAUGUCCGCUCCAGUGCACUAAUAGUGUAAGGAUUAUUGCCCACUUUGUCAAACAGGUAACACAACAAUAAUGAUCCAUGAUGUGAUACAGAACAGAAAACCAGAGCACUUGUUUUAUGUUUUUUUUUUGUUUGUUUGCUCUUCCUGCAGUGAUUUAGAGGACAGAUCUCAAACCCCAAUGCACUAGAGCAGACAUUUUGACAAGAGCUUUGAAACAGACUUUAAAGUUAUAAUUGUAAAAGGUUGUCAGGAUGUUGACAGUGAAAAGUACAAUUACAGAUACGCUAUUUAAACAGGUGUAGCAACACGUAUAAUCCUGUAUUUUUCGGAGCCCCACCACUUACUCUUUAAGGCCCAAGAAGGGUUUCAUUUUACUUUUUAAAACUUCAGUGAAGCUUUUAAUAAAAGGACUUGAACUACUGUGUUAUUUGCA